GUUGCCAUUCUAUAUUCGUAAUUUGUUAUAAGCAGUCGCGGAAUCCUUUGCGGUGUUUCUACUGCAAUUUUUUGAUAUUAUAUUAGCAAUUUAAAGUGUUUGAAAGGUGUGCAUGUCUUGAAAAUAUGCUAUAAGCCACAAAUUGUUAAAAUUUAGCAGUAAAGUGAACUUACAAAACUAUAUAUGGCUUGCUGAAAAAUUGGAGACGAAUUUGCAAGUCGCCAUGAAGCUACCGACAAUUGCAACAACAACAACAGUGAUUUAGUGUCGAACGUCGUCGUCAUUGGCUCGUAGCAGUCGCGGCCGCCGCGAAACUGCGAAGCAACGAGAAUUAUUUCGAACGGCAAACGACGGACAGGCUCGUAAUAGAAUACAAAGAACAGAGAGAAUUGUGCGAAUUGAAUAUGCGUAAAGAGAAUUUAUGACAGAACACAAGAAAACUUAAAAUAAAGCAUUUUUAAAAUCUAUGUACCAAAAGUAAAUUAGAUACUUUGGCUUGUGGGAAUAAACAUAAGAUAACAAAGAGAAAGCGUGGAGGCAAAGUGCUAAAAUAAAUUAAUUGGAAUAAUAUAAGUGAAAUUUUACUUAGUUGUAGUUAUUCAUUACUUCCAUUCAACAUUGUGACACCAGGUCGUCCCAAUCCCAAUAUAUUCGAGAACAGUAACGCAAAUAUUCAAUUGACACCACUUGCGCCAUAAGUAGCUGCUGCAUCCAGCGCAUUGCGAAGUUGUCAUGGCCGGUAAUGGAGAAGCGUCGUGGUGCUUCUCACAGAUAAAAGGCGCCUUAGACGAUGACGUUACCGAUGCUGAUAUUAUAUCCUGUGUGGAAUUCAAUCAUGAUGGUGAAUUGCUGGCAACAGGUGAUAAAGGCGGGCGUGUGGUCAUCUUUCAGCGCGAUCCUAUAUCAAAAACCUCAAUACCACGACGCGGUGAAUAUAAUGUUUACUCGACUUUUCAAUCGCAUGAACCCGAAUUCGAUUACUUAAAAUCAUUGGAAAUUGAAGAGAAAAUCAAUAAGAUCCGAUGGUUGCGACGAAAGAAUCCCGCGCACUUUCUUCUCUCAACCAACGAUAAGACGGUUAAAUUGUGGAAAGUCAGCGAACGGGAUAAAUCGUUUGAGGGCUAUAACACAAAGGAGGAGAGUGGUCUUGCGAAGGAUCCACAAAAUAUAACAGGCUUAAAAGUUCCUUCAGUUAAGCAAAUUCCACUUAUGGUGGAAGCGUCACCACGCCGCAACUACGCCAAUGCACACACCUAUCACAUCAAUUCAAUUAGCGUUAAUUCUGACCAAGAGACUUAUCUGUCCGCCGACGAUUUGCGAAUCAAUCUGUGGCAUCUUGAAGUGACCGAUCAAAGUUUUAAUAUAGUCGACAUUAAGCCAGCCAAUAUGGAAGAGCUGACGGAGGUGAUUACCGCCGCCGAAUUCCAUCCAACCGAGUGCAACGUGUUCGUGUACUCGAGCUCCAAGGGCACAAUACGUCUAUGUGAUAUGCGUUCGGCGGCGCUGUGUGACCGGCAUAGCAAACAGUUCGAGGAGCCGGAGAAUCCAACGAACCGUAGUUUCUUUAGUGAAAUUAUAAGCUCGAUAAGCGACGUAAAGCUAAGCAACUCCGGACGUUAUAUGAUCUCUAGAGAUUAUUUAAGUAUUAAAGUGUGGGACUUGCAUAUGGAAACGAAACCAAUUGAAACUUAUCCGGUUCACGAAUAUCUACGCAUUAAACUUUGCUCACUAUAUGAGAACGACUGCAUUUUCGACAAAUUCGAAUGCUGUUGGAACGGCAAGGAUACUUCCAUAAUGACGGGCAGCUAUAACAAUUUCUUUAGAGUGUUUGAUCGCAAUUCGAAAAAGGAUGUCACGUUGGAGGCGUCACGUGACAUUAUCAAACCAAAAACGGUGCUUAAACCGCGUAAAGUUUGCACCGGUGGCAAACGAAAAAAAGACGAGAUCAGUGUCGAUUGUCUCGAUUUCAAUAAGAAGAUACUGCAUACCGCUUGGCAUCCGCAAGAGAAUAUUAUCGCUGUGGCGGCAACAAAUAAUCUGUUUAUAUUUCAGGAUAAGUUUUAGCUAAAACUCCCUCAUCUCCUUCAGUUCUUCAUCACCAUUAUGGCGUCGUUAAGAAUAAUUAUUAUGAUUAAUUCUAAAUUUUAUACUUGUCGCUGCUACAAUUGCUAUCACUCACUACUUUCUAUCAGUACUGUGUAAUCAGAGCAAAAAAAAAAAA